AUGAAAUCGGUUCUCCUACGUACGAAGCCGGACGAGAUUAAAAUCCAUCAUUUUGAUCUUAACACAACAAAUCCUUGGUUUAAAGAGAUACGAAAACAUGUAACACUGGCUCAACUGAAAAGAGAGGAAAUCGCGGUACCUCAUGGCUAUAGGCUUUCGGAUCUGGCCCUCGCCCAUCAAUCGGAUAUUGUGCGGCUUGCAGUUCUCGCAGAAGAAGGCGGAAUAUAUCUGGAUACGGAUGUCUACAUGCUCAGGUCUUUCAAAGACUUGCUUACUAAUCCACGCGACGUUCUACUUGGACACGAAGGCGGCGAUCGAUAUGGACUGUGCAAUGCAGUCAUUCUAGCUCGUGCCGGCAGCGAGUUCAUCUCUAUUUGGCAGGACAGCUACCGGACUUUUGACUCGACGAAAUGGAACCAUCACUCUGUCUUGAUGCCGAAACAGCUUCAGAUCCAACAUAAGGACCUGAUUUGUACUCUCUCACCUCCAAUAUUCUACUGGCCUUUUUGGGAGAUAUGGAAUGUGCAAUACAUGCACGAUGAAAUCAGUGCUGAAGAGAUCGCACUUCUACGCGACCAACAGGCUGCAUACUCCGGCUCCAUGUAUGAGAACCAAUUGGCAUAUCACUCAUGGGGCGGUCACGCAUAUCUGAACGAAUUGACCCCGGAUAUCGUUCAGAACAAAGAUUCCAGGUUCAAUCUACUCCUUCGCCAGAUUGCUGCGCAUCCAAUCUGA